AGGAUCUUCGUCUUGUUUUGCCUGUGGCAAUGGCUUCAGGAACAGCAUUGAUUUAUGAUGAGGAAAUGACCAGUCAUAAACUACUUUGGAAUGAUCCAAUUUGUGAUAUUGAAGUACCAGAAAGACUGUCAUCGUCUUAUGAGCAGCUUAAACAUUACCAUCUUGUGGAAAGAUGCGUCCGUGUGCCUGCCAGAGAAGGAAGCGAGGAGGAGAUCCUGUUGGUUCACAGUUCUGAGCACUUGGAAGUUGCCAAAAGCACCCAGACAAUGAAUGAAGAAGAGCUGAAAAGUGUUUCUGGGAAUUAUGACGCUUUUUUCUUUCAUCCGAGCACUUACCGCUGUGCCAAAUUAGCAGUAGGAGCAAGUCUGCAACUGGUCGACUCUGUGCUGUCAGGAAAAGUGUGCAAUGGAAUGGCACUAGUAAGGCCUCCAGGUCACCACAGCCAGAGGAAUGCAGCAAAUGGGUUCUGUUUAUUCAACAAUGUUGCUAUUGCAGCAAAAUAUGCAAAAAUAAAAUAUGGUCUACAGAGAAUCCUAAUUGUUGACUGGGAUGUGCACCAUGGGCAAGGAACUCAAUAUGUUUUUGAAGAGGAUCCAAGUGUUUUGUAUUUUUCGUGGCAUCGCUAUGAACAUCAGGAAUUCUGGCCAUCACUUAAGGAAUCUGAUUAUGACGCUGUAGGUUUGGAAAGAGGAAAAGGGCGUAAUAUAAAUUUGCCUUGGAAUAAGGUUGGCAUGGGAAAUUCAGAUUAUCUUGCUGCUUUUUUUCAUGUCUUGCUUCCAAUGGCUUUUGAGUUUGAUCCUGAGCUGGUUCUUGUGUCCUCUGGAUAUGAUUCAGGAAUUGGAGACCCUGAGGGUCAGAUGAAUGCCACUCCUGAUGUUUUUGCCCAUCUUACCCACUUCCUCAUGCAGCUAGCUAAUGGAAGGCUGUGUGUUAUCCUGGAGGGUGGUUACCAUUUGAAGUCAUUGGCUGAAUCAGUCUGCAUGACUGUGAAAACUUUGCUUGGGGAUCCUGUACCUCAAAUAACUGGAGAAAUGGCUCCUUGUCUAAGUGCUAUUGAAUCUAUUCAAAAUGUGAGAGCAGCACAUAAGCCCUACUGGAAAUGUUUGAUGUAUGAAGAUGCAUCUUUUUUACAAAAUCCGAGCACUAAAUUACACCUGCUAGAGAAGGCUAAUUCAAAUUCCUUCACAGAAGAUGAGUCUAAGAUAACCAAUAAAGAUGAAACAGUCAAAGUAGAAAGGUUUUUGGAAUUGCACAUGAAAAAUAUUCUAUUUCCCGUACCUCCCAUCAAAACAGCAGCAACAAUUGAGUCUAAAGCUUCAGCACAUUUGCUCCCACUAUCUGUCCAUGUGGUGAAGGAAAUGGACAUGAAUGAAGUUAAAGCUCUUGUCAGUGCCUAUUAUGGAGACCUUGUGAAAGAGGAUGAAAUUUUGCUUUCUCUUGGGAGUAUGUUGGCUGUCCUAGAUAAAAUACUUACAAAGCAGGCAUGCAAUGGAAUUGCAGAAUCACCCAGAGUUUCCCUUUCUGCUGCUGUUGCAUUAAGACAUUCUGUUCGUUUUGGAUUUCAAAGAGUGCUCUGCAUAUUUGUGGGAGACAUGGAAAUCACACCAAACACAGAGGACGGAAGAAUACUCAUGAUACAUGUUUGUGAGAAACAACAAUCUGAAAGGACCAACUCCAAAUACUAUAUCUCACUGAACUGGAAGGAGGGUGCUGAAGGAAAUGAUUUCUUUUCUGCUGUAUUUGGAUUCAUUCUUCCAGUAGCAUAUAGUUAUCAAGCCAAUUUAACAAUAAUAGCUGUUGGACCAAACAGGAGCCUUGGAAUAAAUGGGAUUUCUUUGCUCGUUGGUUUACUGCGAGGGCUAGCUGAGUCUCGAAUUCUUGCAGUGAUUGAGAACACAGAGAUGAAUCUAAUGCAAACUAUAGCUAAAGCCUUAGCGGGUGAUCCUACACCUGACUUUGGAGUCUAUAUCUAG